AUGCGUGACGAUCUCCGAUCAUUGUACUGCUCAAAAUGUAUCCAAAACACCGUAGAUCAAAUCACUCUCCUUUGUCCUUACUCUUACGGUGCUUCUCUCCAGCUCGAAGGUUGUUUCUUACGUUACGAGACCAAUGAUUUUCUUGGGAAGCAAGACACGAGUCUUAGGUACAAAAAGUGUAGUUCCAAGAGUGUUGAGAAUGAUUAUGAUUUCUUUAAACGAAGAGACGAUGUUUUGUCGGAUCUUGAAUCGACUCAACUCGGGUUUAAAGUUAGCCGGUCCGGUUUAGUCGAAGGUUAUGCUCAGUGUGUUGGUGAUUUGAGUCAUAGUUACUUUACGGCUUGGUUGUCUUGCGUAAUCUGUUGGGAACUUAAAGAAUCUAAAGGACAUGAUUAA